AUGCCCACAGUACCCUUCUUCUGGAGAAACCUCCUGCAAUGCCUCCCCACCACCACCGCCGCUCCGGACCCGCUCCCCUCCGAACAACCCGGACCCGACCCGCCUCCGCCCGCCACGUCAUCAUCCAUUCUCUUCAGCACUAACUACAACUCCAUCUUCGACAUAUCCUCCUCCACGUCCACCUCGCUCCUCUCCUCCGCCACCGCCACAUCCACUGACUCCUCCGAAUCCGACGACUCGCAUCAUCCCCCGGAUUUCGCAACCGUCUUCGCCUCCCAUCGCUUCUUCUUCUCCUCCCCCGGCCUCUCCAGCUCCAUUAUCUCCAAUCACGACAACAAGAUCGCCGCACCAAACCCUCCUCCGCUGGAGGGUGGCGUGGCGGUGAAGAAGUACUCGCCGGAUCCGUACGCGGACUUCAAGAAGUCGAUGGUUGAGAUGAUCGAGUCGCGGCGAAUCAAGGACGCGCGCGGGAACUGGGACUACUUGCACGAGUUGCUCUCCUGUUACCUCGACAUGAACCCCAAGAACACUCACUGUUACAUUAUUGCCGCCUUCGCCGACAUUGUCGUCCGUUUGCUGUCCACGUCACCGCCGCCAGAAGUACUCCACGACCACGAGACCAGUCCCCGCCCCCUGCCGGCAGCACUGUAG